GCCUCCGGCGAGGGCGGGGCUUCCGGCGGCGCGCUAGGUCACUGGGAGCCUGGGCCCGACUCGACAUUCGCACACGCACGUGUCUGCCGCCGCCUUCGCGAUGCUCCCUCUGCUCCGCUGCGUGCCCCGUGCCCUGGGCCCCGCCAUCACCGGCCUUCGCGCCGCCGCGCCCGCCGCCCCGCUCCGACAGCUACUGCAGCUGGCGCCCCGGCCGUGCGCCCGGCCCUUCGGAUUGCUCAGCGUGCGCGCGGGCUCUGUGCGGCGGCCGGGCCUCCUGCGGCCUCCCGGGCCCUGCGCCUGCGGCUGCGGCUGCGGCGCGCUGCACACCGAUGGGGACAAAGCUUUUGCUGAAUUUCUGAGUGAUGAAAUUAAGGAGGAAAAGAAAAUUCAGAAGCAUAAGUCCCUCCCCAAGAUGUCUGGAGGUUGGGAGCUGGAAGUGAAUGGGACAGAAGCUAAAUUAGUGCGGAAAGUUGCUGGGGAAAAGAUCACUGUCACUUUCAACAUUAACAACAGCAUCCCACCUACGUUUGAUGGUGAGGAGGAGUCCUCCCAAGGGCAGAAGGUUGAGGAACAGGAGCCUGAAUUGACGUCAACUCCUAAUUUCGUGGUUGAAGUUACAAAGAAUGAUGGCAAGAAGGCCCUUGUGCUAGAUUGCCACUAUCCAGAGGAUGAGGUUGGACAAGAGGAGGAGGAUGAGAGUGACAUUUUCUCUAUCAGGGAAGUUAGCUUUCAGUCCACUGGUGAUUCUGAAUGGAAGGACACUAAUUACACACUCAACACAGAUUCCCUAGACUGGGCCUUGUAUGACCACCUAAUGGAUUUCCUUGCGGACCGAGGGGUGGACAACACUUUUGCGGAUGAGUUGGUGGAGCUCAGCACAGCCCUGGAACACCAGGAGUACAUUAGUUUUCUUGAAGAUCUCAAGAGUUUUAUCAAGAGCCAGUAGAGCAUACAGGGACACUGAGAGCCUUUCUUUUAUGGCAGGCUCUGGCUGGUGAACAAAUCCUCUGAAACCAGACACAUGUGCUUUGAAAUGGUUAUCAUCCUACUAUCAUGGAAGAAAUAGCAAAUUUAAAUUAUUUCUUUUGCAUUCUCAUUUAGUAUUCAUUUGCUUUUUUCUGUACAAAUCUAGAUUUUUGUAUAACAUAAUGAUGGACAAUAAAAUUGGUUUAUCUCCUCCAA